AUGAUACGAUCCUUCCUAAAAACCUUCUACGUCGUGUCUCACGGCGAUCCGGAUGGCGUCGUUCGUCUGGAUUUUGCCGCGGCUGCUCGUCUGUUCCCGCCGAGGGAACCCUCCCCUGAAAAUCACCUCAAUCUGAUGGAAGCCCUCUGGUUCAACGAAGGGAAGAACUUAGCAACGAGGCGAUUCGCAUUCGAUUUCGACUCAAUAGAAAAGCUUAGAGCCCUUGCGGCAAUCAAGCAGUCGAGAGUAGAGGCGUUGUCGGGUCUGAUAUGGAAAUGCAGCAUGGCUACGUCGGGAGCGCUCACUGGUUCCCGGAGGACUUCGAUCAUGGUGGAGGCGGUGAAUCUCCAAAGACGCACGACCCUCCCAUCUUGGACAGUUCGAUCCAGAACGUGUACUGAUGGGCAACGGCGGCGGCGGAAGAAUCGAGUUCGAUCAGGCUCUACAAGGGCGACUACCCGAGGUCGCUGCAGGGGGAUGAAGGGUUCGAGGCGAUCUCGAGCUAUUACGAGUAGCUGGAAGGGCUGUUUGCACUUUGCAGGGGAAGCGUCGGACAUCCUGGCGAUGGAACGACGACGGUCUGGCGGUGAAAAAUAA